CCUAAUGCCAAAAUAUACACGAGAGAAAACAUGGUGAGCCAUUUUCAGAAAAUGAAAGUUAUCAGUGUAACUGAAUCUGAUGUUCUCACACGAAGGUUGUCAAAAACAUUUUGUACGGAUGCUUCUGAAACACUAUAAACGCUCACCACUUGCUUCUGGGGUUUUUCGGUCUCGCCAAUCUCAUAAGCUCACUAAACCGGUAAUUUGGAGCUGAGAGAGAGAGAGAGAGAGAGGAAGAUGGGCCAAGCUGUAGUGGGAUUCUCUAUGAUUGCUUGUUUUUUCCUUCUCCAACUAAGCUCUGCUAAUGUUGUUCUCCAACCAUCUGGAAUUCUUGUCGCCGACCUUCCCGCCAAAUUUGCUGGUCCUGUCAGUAGCUCUGAAAUAUGUGGAGUUUUGCUUGUAUCCGACCCUUUGCAUGCCUGCUCGCCUCUACGCAAUGGUAUUCAAGCAAGUGAAACUGAUAUAACGAGGUUUGCUUUAGUAGAAAGAGGUGAAUGCACUUUCGAGGAUAAAGUGCAACACGCUCAAGAUGCCGGAUUUCAUGCUGUGAUUGUUUAUGAUGAUAGAAAAGAAAAAUUGGUUCACAUGAUGAUAAACAGCAAGAAUGUUACAAUUCGUUCUGUAUUUGUUUCGAAAGCAUCUGGUGAAAUGCUAAAGGAGCAUGCUCGUGGAGAAGAAGGGGAAUGCUGCAUCUUCCUAUUGCCAAAUGAAAAGGCCUGGUUGGUGUUUGCUGUAUCUUUGAUCUCAUUUCUAACCGUAUUGGGUCUCCUUAUAAUUGCCAACUGUGCUCGGAGAGACUGGCGCUGGCCCUAUUCUCAAGGAAGAAACCAGCUUCCUAAAAGUGCGGAUACCAAGAUUGUGGAUGCUCUCCCUUGCUUCACAUUCAGUUCUGCUGGUUUGGAUGAAUGCCACACUGAAGAAACUUGUGCCAUCUGCCUUGAGAACUACAAAGAUUCCGAAAUUCUUAAAGUUCUUCCCUGCCAGCAUGAAUUUCAUUCAAGUUGUGUGGAUUCAUGGCUGAGAAAAUGGGGAAGAAACUGCCCAGUGUGCAAGCAUGAUAUACGAAAGAAAAUUGCGACUGCUGAGAUCAAGAGAAAAUCCUGGUUAUACAAUUAGUGAAUAGAAAAUAUGACUUUCAAGUGUUCCUCCUGUUUAUUGUGAACAUCCAUAACUCCACCCGAAUGUGUUCCAUCGCGUGGAUUGAAGAGACAUAAGGAUGAUAUAUGUCUGCACUGCCAUGAAAAUACCAGUAACAGCUGCUGCUUCAAAGUUUCCGUGAAGGCGUAAGUCUUCAACGCAACUUGAAUACAAAGAUUGAUCAGCGCUCUCCUACGCAAACCCGUUCAUAUGAAUCACUAGCUCAGCAAACAGGGACAAAAAGUUUAAUGAUCCUCUGCAAAUCUGCAUGUGUUGCUUGAAGCUCAGGUGUCUUUUGCCCUGAUAGGAUUUUUAACGUCUAUGCAAAUAGGGUCAAAAUCACAUGAAAUACUUGCAAGAAUACAAGGAUGUUGUAGUA